UGCCUAUGUGGAGUUUACCUGUUGGUUGGAUAGCAUCAGGGAAACCUAUCUAUGUUCUGUUCUGGGCAAUUUUUCUUUUCUUAACCCGCAUCAUCAUCACUGUUCUUCAUUUGAAAAGUAAAAAAAUAAAAAUAAAACAUGAUUCGUAGUGAAGAAGAUACUGGGGUAACACAAAUUGAAACGAACAUUAAUUUCUUGGCAGAAUCAAAUGGUUGAGUAUUAUUGCUUGUAGGUUAGGUAGGCUACAUUUAGCUGCAACUCCAAGGUGUAACAACAAAGGAGUGAGGACUGCUUGGCAAAAAAAAUUGUCUGAUUUGCUUCUAAAUUAUCAGUAGUUCGAUCGAACGCACAUUCUGGAUCUCAUUCAAUGGCAGAAGAGGCCUCUGAAUCAAUCCAGCCGAGGAUGCCAAACCACUUGGCUAACUUAGCAUCCAUGUGUGAUCCUGAAAUACUGGAGCUGGUAUGGGAAAAUGGAGAGAUUCUCAUUCGAGGUUUGACGUCGAAGACAACUAAAGAGAGUCGUUUCCCAUGCUCAGGUUAUUUUUCUCAAUAUUCCGAGGCUCUAAUUCAACGUGAAGGACAAACCUCCACUGGAAAUAGAUCAAAGGCUGGGGCUGCAGAUUCUACGUUCGGUGAUCCCUUAUCGGGUCUUUCAGGUCUGACAAAAUUGGAUCAUCGUGACAAGAAUAAGGUAAAUUCUCUGGGAGCUGGUUACGCGGAACAUUUUUCAGAAUUGUAUGAAGAUGAUAUCAAUGUUGUUUUCGAACCCAACAAAAAGUGCUACGAUAAGGAACUCAUAGAUUCUCAUAUUGUUCCUGUGAACAAAUUCAAAAAUUUUAAACAAAGCUACAUGUCCAAGCUCGUGAAAGAGAUUCCCCAGCAUACCAUGAAUAGCGAUAACGUGGUACCUCAGUCUUCCUUUAAGCAAUCUGAAGCUUCUGUUCCAUUCAUGAGAUCGAAGGAGGAAAACCCAGGGAUUGAUGAGAAAAGGAACAGGGUGAACUUUUCCAUCUUCUUAAGAUCUCCAGCUCUACUUAAAUCUACCCAUCGAAGCUCUGGUGCAACAAGACCAACGAGCAGCAGUCCAGGUUUAGCAGGAGCUGAUGAGGCUAUUUUGGAAGGCAAUGUGAGAUCUGAGGAUUUAAAAGGCAACGCGAGAUCUGCUCCAAGAACUAGCAAUCCCGUUGACAACAUGAUUCUGGUAGAGCCAACUAAUGGCUCAAAAUAUAUUACAAGUAUUGAAAAAGAAGGAACUUCUUUGGCAAGCAACAUGAAGCCAAUAUUACCUCAUUCUGAGCCUCAAAAUGAGUCGCUUCCUGAUGAGCAAUCUGAAGCCGUUGGCAAUAAAGAUACCCCUUCAAAUACGAGAUUUCCUAGUAGGGUUCGUGCCCCGUCGUCAAACUUAGCGCCAAAUACAUCCAUUAAAGGAAAUCCUGGUAAUGGAAAAUCUAUUGAGCAAAUGGUUGCAUCAUCUUCGGUAUGUUCGCUUGGGGCUUCAAAUUGUCCAACAUAUACUUUGAAAAGGAGAUAUGAAGACACUGAUCUCAGUGAUAAUGCAAUGGAAGAACCCGAGGGCACGACAAAAGCAGUGCCAUCACGGGGAAGCAAAGGUGCUAAGAGAAAGCGAAAAGCAGAAGUUCACAACCUAUCUGAAAGGAGGCGAAGAGAUAAAAUCAACGAGAAGAUGCGUGCAUUGCAAGAGCUCAUACCCAACUGUAAUAAGGUGGAUAAAGCUUCGAUGCUUGAUGAGGCAAUUGAGUAUUUAAAGACCCUUCAGCUCCAAGUUCAGAUGAUGUCAAUGGGAACUGGGGCUUAUAUGCCUCCGAUGAUGUUACCUACGGUAAUGCAGCAGAUAAAUGCACAACAUUUGGCUGGUUAUUCUCCCAUGGCUGUUGGGAUGGGUAUGAGGAUGCAAAUGGGUCUUGGGUGCAGCCCAGCACAGUUCCCAACAACUUUACUAUUGUCAGGAACUGCCGCAGCUCUGCCUGGGAUCACAACGGAAGCUAGACUCAACAUGCUUGAGGUCCCUGGUCAGGUGUUAUUAAUGUCGAUGUCACGUUCACCGUUUGUAUCUAUGGCUGGAAGAUUCUCCCCACAAUCGGUCCAGGCCCCUGCUGGGGUAUCUCAACCUCCUGCCGCGCAAGUGGGACUUCCAGGUGCUGCUAUUUCCCUAUCUACACCAAAGGGUUCAAAUCCAACAUGUCAUUAAACUCCAAAAACACUGAAGAGCAAAUGAAUUCUCAAAAGUUCGGAAGACCCCGAUAUCCUGUCAGCUUGCAGGAGCCUAACUUCAAUCAUUUCUUGAAAUAGUGAAAGAUAUAUGGGAGACCCUCCAACUGACAAAAACCUCUUGCUUCUUCACAUCUCGGCUUGUUCCUGCCCUCAAUUUAACGAUGGGCAACUCAGAUCGGAUGUUGCCUUUACAAUCUUUUACUGAACAAAUAGGAUGCGAUCACUGGCCCAUGAACAAACAGUAUCCGAUAUUGAAAUUGGAGUAUUACAGUCAUGGAACAAGGUGUAUCUAGGAGUCACCCUUUAUCAGCAAGAUUUGUAAGCUAUAUCCAGGGCGAUUGAAGCAUGAAUCACCUUUUCUCCCAAUCAAAACAGUGAAGGAGUCAGAACAAGUAUUUUCUGAAGAAAAUUUCAGUCCAGUAGCAGUUAAUUUGCAGCAGGUUGCUGCUUUUUCCAUAUCAUUACAUUACCACUGGAACAUACAAACUUCAUUUCUGCAGCAGCUGGAGACUUUUUCUUUCCAACAUGAGAGUUCUUUCUAUAGUGAUGAUUCACUUGGAUUUGUAGUC